AUGCCGCAACACGAUCGUCUAAGAAUCACGGCAAUCCUGGCCCAUAUCAGCUUCGAAGAAGCUUUCCUUCAACGUAAUGAGAUUCCCAUCAAUCUCAUGGGAAGCGAGGUAAUCGGUCACAGCAGAUGGGUAUACCUGGUAAAGUGGGAACUCACUCAUGGCGCUUUCACUAAAAUCUGGAAACCAGGCGAUCGCUUAUAUUGUGAAGAACUUGACGAAUACAAUGAGAAACAUGGCUUGACAGAAGAUAGAAAUACGAGCUGGGCGUUGGUUCAUUUCACCUGUGUCAAAGAAAAAGAAAACGAUGAAAAAGGCGAAAAAGAACAAAAUUAA